CAGCUGACUGACACAAAAGGGAGGAGCUGUGAAAGUUGGUUGCAGACAGUUCAGCAAGUGGCAAGCGGUCUGAUGUCGACGUUUUGUCAGGUACAUCGUCUUCGAAAACGCCAAAAAAUCAAGUGGCAGCACCAAAGGCGCAGCAAACCUACCUCAGUUAAGUGCAUUUAAUGCCGACAAAUUACAGUUAAUCCAAAUGGGAAGCUGGAAAAAUCACGUGCGCGCUCGACUCCAACAGAGAGACCAAGCUGAGAAACUCCCUUACGUCGGCGUUUUCACGAGCUUGUCUCAGCUGGAAGAACGUUUUGAAAUUCGCAAACAAAUUUUGGACGAUGUUCAGUCGAAGAGCUUAGAACGACGUGGAGUUGAAGUUGGGAAAAACAGCAGACUCCUUCAACUCCAACUGAGAGAGAGUGAACACCUGGCAGAAAAGCUGUCCCAGACUGUCUCCGACCUGACCACCGUAAUGUACCUGAAGGAGGCAGAACUGCAGUACUGGCAGUCACGUGUAUCCCACUACCAUCAAGAGGCACUAACUCUGGCUAAAGGGAGCAACACCCUGAAGGCGGCCCUUUCAGAAUUUGAGUUCACUGUUGAGCGUCAAUCCAAAGAGUUGGCAGCAAUACGUGUGGAGCAGAAAGAGCUGAGGGAAGCGCUGGCACAGGCUCAGAGGGAAAACGAAGCGCUUUUGCAGCGGUGGAUGGAGGAGAAGAGGGAGGAGGCAGACAGGCUGAAUGAGUACAACGAUACACAAGAAAGAUGGCAUCGUCUGGCCAGACAGCUGAAGAAGCACCUCCACAGGGAAAUGGGAAGAGAGGAUGUUCCCUUUGGGAGGAGUUCUUGGAGUGGCACAACAAUCAGUCCAUCAGUCAUUCAGUGGAUCAAUAAUACAACAGAGAAACACCAAGGACACUCAGACCACAACCAUGGCUCAGCUGCAGCAAAAGUCUAAUAUUCCCAUGUCAUUGUGGAGACGACCGUUCUCAGCACAAGGAUCAGCUCUCUGUCCAUUGCCACGACACUUGUAGUUGAAAAAUCAAAAAACAUCCCCUGAUGGGACACCAUGACAACAGAGUAGCUACCCUUUGAAGUGUUAUGAAAUAGUUUUUUGUCACAGCUUUUUGAAUUAACUAUAAUGUGUUAGUGACCGACCAUAUUCUCAAAUAUAUUGUUAAUUUAGACUUUGAUAGGAUGUUUAAUUUUACAUUUGCUGCUCUAACUGAACUAAACACACUCCUUUCUAAGGAUUUUUU